AUGAAAGUGCUUCACUCUGUCGGAAAUGCCUACUACAACGACUGGAUAGCCAACUUGAGUCAGCUUGUAAGUGACGUCCAUGUGAAGAACAAAACCCCGAUCUACGUCACUGUCAUUUCCCGUUGUGGGGUUGCCGUCCCUAUCAAUUCGAGAAGUAAACGUAAAAACAGCCAUUUCCUCUUCUUGGCCUGUAAAGGUAAUACCCCAGACUCGUGCCGAAUUGCAUCUAGGACGUCGCUUCCGCCGAGCCUUCCGGUCACGUGGUGUGACGACUACCACUACACAGGCCUUGCAGCCACAGCGCAGAAGCUGGACGCGCAUGGGAUGAGGGAUAAGGUGCAUACAGACAUGGCAUUACCCCAGCUCGCUUUUCACAAUACGAUAUUUCUUGAAGUUCGCUAA